AUGGAGUUAUUCACCAAAGGAAACGCCGUCAAGUUACGGAGCCACCUAGACAAGUUUUUAGUCGCCGACGACGACCAAGAAACCAUCCGUCAAAGCCGCAAAGGAGAUUCACGGCGAGCCGUUUGGACGGUGGAGACCGUCGUCGAUAAACCGAAUCUGCUAAGAUUAAGAAGCUGUCACGGCACGUACUUAACGGCGAGCAAUAAACCGUUGCUGUUAGGCAUGACCGGUGAGAAGGUGACUCAAACGCCGUCGUCUAACAAACCGAUGGAUUGGCAAACACAGUGGGAACCGGAGCGAGAUGGGUUUUCCGUGAAGCUAAAAUCCUGGUGCGGCAAAUGGAUGAGGGCUAACGGCGGAACGCCACCGUGGAGAAACUCCGUUACUCACGACGAGCCUCAUACGGCGAAGACCAAGAACUGGUUGAUUUGGGAUGUUAUCACUGUUGAUGGUUCUGAUCUCGAAAACAUGUCUGAUGGAGAUGAGAGCUCUGUUUCUUCUCCGGUUUCUUCACAUCUCUCCGGGUCGGGUAUCGGAUCAGAACCCGGUUCGCCAGCAUCUGCCGUGUCUAGGAAGAGUGUUGGUCGGUUCUCUUCUCUUGGUUUAAGUUCUAUGUCUCCGAGAUGGUCCCCAAAACCGAAGGCGAGUAGCUUCAACCAAAGGGAAACAGUAUCAGCAAUGGAGUUUUUCCAGAAAGCGAAAGCGAUUCGUUUGCGUAACAGCCACAACAAGUAUCUUACGGCGGACGACGACGAAGAAACAGUGACACAAGACAGAAACGGAUCUACCAAAAACGCUCGAUGGACCGUCGAACCGGUUCGCGAUUCCUUUCACGUCAUCCGUCUUAAAAGCUGUUACGGCAAAUACCUAACCGCUUCGAACGAGCGGUUCUUGCUCGGAGCCACGGGGAAGAAAGCGAUUCAGCUAAAACCGAGCCGGCUCGAUUCGUCUGUUGAGUGGGAGCCGGUGAGAGAAGGAUCUAAAAUCAAGCUCAGGACGAGGAGCGGUAACUAUCUCCGAGCCAACGGUGGACUUCCUCCUUGGAGAAACUCCGUUACGCACGACAAUCCUCAUUUGUCGGCGACUCAGGAUUCUAUCUCGUGGGAUGUUGAUGUCGUCGAGAUCUUGACCGAUUCACAAUUUACGGCGGAGAAGGAGACUCCAUCGCCAAAGACGCCGCUGGCUCCGCCGCCCCAUAGGAGGCCGUCGUAUUCUCCGCUGUCGGAUUCGAGGACUCCGUCUUCUCUUUCGGACAGAUCCGAUCCAGAUUCGGUUGAGUCACCGCCGAAAUCGGAUGGGCGAACCAUAUACUACCAUAUCGCUGACGAUGAAGGACACGUGGAGGAUGAAACAACCGUUGGAUAUGCUUUCACGUUUAAAGGAAACAGCGUGGCGGAGCUGACUCAGACGCUGCGAGAAGAAACGUGCUUGGAGGAUGCUGUGGUGUGCACACGGAGUCCCUUAAACGGCAAGCUGUUUCCUCUUCGUUUGCAACUUCCCCCAAACAACGGCACAUUGCAUGUCAUUCUACUCCCUUCAAGCGUCACCCUCUAG